UGUUCACUGUCUGUUGUAACGUGUGUACUUUCACUGCUUCACGUCCACUUGCUCGUUAAUCUUUAACUUUAAAGUUAGGGGCAGAUGUUGGAAGCGAGCUUCCGUCGCCCGACCGAGCAGCAAGCACGCGCUCCCGUCUCCGUCUCCACUCUGUAUUUACACGGCUGUCUUUUGAAGCCGUUCGUGAACGCAGCAUGUCUGCUCUGCGUGCAGCCAAACAGGCGAUGAGGAGGGAGAUCAAGCGGAGGGUCGCGGCUCUCAGCGAGGACGAGAAGCGACGGCAGUCUCUCGUUGUUUCCUUUCAGCUGUUGAAGCACCCGAAGUACGUGUCAGCCCAGCGGAUCGCCCUGUUCCUCAGCAUGAACGAUGAGGUUUGCACGCAGGAGAUCAUCAAGGACGUCUUCAAAUGGGGCAAAAGCUGCUUCAUCCCCCGAUACCAGAGCGACAGCAACCACAUGGACAUGCUGCGGCUGCACAGCCUGCAGGACAUGGACGCCCUGCCGCUGACGUCCUGGAACAUCCGCCAGCCGGCCGCCGACGACAGCAGCCGGGAGGAGGCGCUGAGUGGAGGAGGCGUGGACCUGAUCUUGAUGCCGGGUCUGGGCUUCGACCGCUCGGGGAACCGCCUGGGCCGAGGGAAGGGCUUCUACGACACCUACCUGGAGCGCUGCAUGCAGCACCCCAGAGGGAAGCCCUACACCAUCGCCUUGGCCUUCAAAGAGCAGCUGUGUGAGCAGAUCCCCGUGGACGACAACGACGUGCUCAUCGACGAGGUGCUGUACGAGGAGGACGAGUAGAUCAUCGCCUCCCAACGGAGAGGAAACCCAUCCAGACAGAAACAAUACGCCUGAUGAAAACUGACAGUAAUUCCAUGACAUGAAUCCUGUAACGACGUGCUUAGGGUGCUAAAAACCUGCUAUUUUGGCACGUUCUCUGCUUUUCAAAGUUCUCCCUCCAGCUGAAUGUGUGACAGCUUCACGUUCAGACACGGCAGACUCCACGGAGCUCUGCGCCAUGGAGGGAGAUGCUGUGUGUGAACUCCGUUCAGCUCCCGACACGCCAGGCUCCACUGACAGGAACUCAUGUUUAGUGCAUCGCAUUCCCAGCCGGGCUCCCUCGACACGGCGAGAGGAGAACGAUCUCCUACACUGCUCCGUGAAAUAAUGUGAGAAAGUCCAAGCUUCUCAUCACGUGGAGAAGUGAUGGAACAUGAGGCGGUAGUGUUGAGUUGAAGGAUGGAGUUAAUAAACAUGUGUCAGAGGAGCACGAAGAGCAAAUGUUCCACAUUUUAAUAACCUCUUAAUUUCCAAUAUGAGCUAUUAGCUUCUCUGAAACCGGAGUGUACCUUAACCUGGAAGUCAAAUUAAAGUUUCU